AUGCCACUAAUAUCAGACUUAAAGGUUAUUGAUCUUAGAGAUCUUCUGCGAGAACGAGAUUUGUCAACGAAUGGUAGCAAAGCCGAAUUAAUAGAACGCCUUAUAGCAGCUGAAGGUACCGAAGAAAUUGAGUUAGAUGAGUCACGGUCAGACGAAAGUAUGCGAGCACAAAUCGACGAUUUACGCAGUAUGAUAGAAAACGUAAUGACUAUCGUACAACGACAAACAAAUCAGAACGCUCAACCCUCGACCUCAUCGGAAACACGGAACGAGGUCCAUGAACAUCAAUCGAGAUCACCAGUAUCAAAUCGAGAGUCUCGUCAACGAAAUGUAUACAGCGUAAAGGAAAUAUCCGAUACCCUCCCAGAAUACGACCCAACAAAGGAUUCAAUAUUUAGUGUUGAACAAUUCAUUGAUAGAGUUGAGAAGUCUAUGCGCGCGUAUGAUUGGGAUGAACGAUGUUUGAUGCUGGCGAUAUACAGUAAGUUGAAAGGUCCCGCUAGGUUAUGGCUGGACGCAUCGGCAGACCUCUUUGUAACAUGGCCUGAUUUUGCAACCGCAUUAAAACAGGAGUUUAGUACUGUCCCAGAUGAGGCUGACAUACACUUUAAGAUGUCGAACGCUACGCGGAAAAAUGAAGAGUCCAUAAACGAAUACUGUUUCAGAAUGAGCGCCUUAGGAAGACGACAUGGUUUGAGUGAGUCUGCUAUCAUCAAGUACACUCGAGAGGGGCUGAAGCAUCGUGAGUUGCAGGUAGCGAUUGCUACAGUUCGGUUCAAAUCAAUGAAAGAAAUGCGCGAAGCCUUAGAUGAAUAUUUUACGAACAUAGCAGGUCCAUCCAGCAGUAGAACAAUGACGGCACCAAAACGCAUGGAUAACAACAAUAAAAACGUGAACAAAACACCAGACAGCGGAGCCAAGCCAAAAACCGAACGCAAAUCAAUCGUGUGUUUUAAUUGUUCAGAGCCAGGCCAUAUAUCCAGUGCAUGCCCUAAACCACAGCGACGUAAAAGAUGUAAAGAUUGCCAGAGAGUUCAUCCGAGGGGUUCCCCCGAAAAUUGUGGCAAGUCCGACGUGCGAAAUACGAAUAGCGUGAGGAAAUAUUGUGCUGAUAAAAAAGUGAGAGUCAACGGAGUAGAAAUGUGUGCAUUAAUCGACACUGGCAGUGAAUGCAGUAUGAUUAAAAAAUCGAGAGCUGCUAAAAUCGAUAACGAUAGAAAAACGUGUAGUGUACGCAUUAAUGGAGUAGGUGGCGGUACUCGUGUUCUUAAUGAAAUGAUAAACGUUGAAAUUACUGUUGAUGAAGUAGAACUUUCGGUUGAUUUGUACGUUGCGGAUGACGACACAUUUUCAACAGACGUAAUAAUCGGUAAUGACAUUUUCGCAAACAAUAGUGUACGCCUCAUUUGUAAAGAAAACGGUCAGCGCUUUGAAUAUUUAAGUGUAGAUAAUACUGAAAUGAAUGAGUUACCGUGUAACAAAAUAACGGAGAUUAAAUACGGUGAAAUCGAUAAAACAACACAAUCCCGUUUAUUCAAACUGAUUGACGAAUAUCGUGAUGUUUUUGGCAAAGAACUAAGUGAAAUCGGGUUAACGAGUGCCGUGCGAAUGAAAAUUAAAUUAUUAACAAAUGAGCCAAUUGUAACGAAACCGUAUCGACUUCCUGAGAUGAAAAAAGAAUCGGUAAGACAAUUAAUAAAUGAACUUUUAACGAACGAUAUUAUCAUAAAAUCAACGUCGGAAUAUGCAAGUCCCAUCGUACUCGUAAAAAAGAAAAACGGUGACGAUCGUUUAUGCAUUGACUAUCGACGUUUAAACCAAAUUACGGUUAAUGAGAUUUUCCCCACUCCAAACAUCGAGGAGCGUUUACAGGAAGUGAUGAAAUUUACCUACUUCUCGGUCUUGGAUUUGAACAGCGGAUACUAUCAAAUACCGAUAGAAGAAAGCAGCCAGAAGUUUACCGCCUUUGUGACGCCCGACGGAAUGUAUGAGUUUAAACGGAUGCCGUUUGGACUCAAAAACGCGCCAGCGGUUUUUCAACGAUUGAUGGCAUUGAUAAGGGAGAGAACUCAAGAGGGCGACAUCAUUCACUAUAUGGAUGACAUUGUUGUCGGUAGCAACGAAAUUAACGAAAUGUUCGAGAAAUUACGACGUGUCUUCAAUAUAUUACGUGAACUAAACAUAACGGUCAACUGGUAG